GCCCACUGCUGCCGCCGUCGCCGUUGCUGCUGCAGCCUCUGCCGCUGCCACGCCGGUGUUGCUGCUCCUUGGAGUCACAGAUCUUGCUCUGGCACAUUACUGGAUAUUUUGUUGAACCAUCUCAAGAAUUCAGAGAAACUGCUGAGUGACCACUGGAAAAAAAAAAAAAAGAUCUGUUCUUCUUAAGGCUUUGCAUAUCCCAUUCACCACAACAAAUCAGAACAAUGUCUUACGUUUUCGUAAAUGAUUCUUCUCAGACAAAUGUGCCCUUGCUCCAAGCCUGCAUUGAUGGAGACUUUAACUAUUCUAAACGGCUUUUGGAAAGUGGCUUUGACCCAAAUAUUCGAGACAGCAGGGGCAGAACAGGCCUUCACCUGGCGGCAGCCCGAGGAAAUGUAGACAUCUGCCAGCUGUUGCAUAAAUUUGGUGCUGAUCUUCUGGCCACAGAAUAUCAAGGAAACACAGCUCUUCACCUCUGUGGCCAUGUGGAUACUAUUCAGUUCUUAGUUUCCAAUGGACUCAAAAUUGAUAUUUGCAAUCAUCAAGGCGCUACACCCUUAGUUCUGGCAAAGCGCAGGGGAGUGAAUAAAGAUGUCAUCCGAUUGCUGGAAUCUUUGGAAGAACAGGAGGUAAAAGGAUUUAACAGAGGAACCCACUCAAAACUGGAGACCAUGCAGACGGCCGAGAGUGAAAGUGCCAUGGAAAGCCAUUCUCUCCUCAAUCCCAACCUACAGCAAGGUGAAGGAGUCCUUUCCAGCUUCCGAACCACAUGGCAGGAGUUUGUAGAGGAUCUGGGCUUCUGGCGGGUGUUGCUCUUGAUCUUUGUCAUUGCCUUGCUGUCUCUUGGCAUUGCCUACUACGUGAGUGGGGUGCUGCCCUUCGUGGAAAACCAACCUGAACUGGUGCAUUAAAGGAUCUCAUGGAAGAUAGACGGCAAAUACCCAUCCUGGCUUCUAACAUUGGUUCUUAGUUUUUCAAAAUUCCUCUCUUAGUGCAGGGCAGUGAGGGCUGUACUUUGUUUUUUGUUUUUGUUUUUGUUUUUGUUGCAUUUUUACUUAUUGUAAUCCUUUUAGAAGAAUGAUGUGUUCCUUUUAACUACAAACUGUAGUCAAGUAUGCUGCAUUCUAAAGCUACCGCUGACUCGGCCUGACUUCUUAGGAAAGCCUACACAUUAGCCUUGUUUGAUAAAAACUUGGAAAUGACUAGAGAAUAAAAAAAACAAAAAGAAGAGUCUAGGAGGUCCUUGCUGUAGAAACUUUACCCUAAUAUAGGGCCAGUUAAAGUGAAGUGUUCAAAAAGAAAAAGGUUUUCUUAUAUAAUUAGAUUGUGUGCGUCGUGGUUUUUCUUUGUUUCUUUUAUUUUUUUGCAGGAGCCCCCUUUUUUAAAUUUACUUUUUCUGGGGAUAGGGAAGAGAAUGAAACAUUUACUUCAAAUUAAAACUUGAAGCACUUUUAUCAAAUCCUGUACAGUAAAUUAAUAUAGUUAGAAUCUGUUUGGUUUAUUUCAGUAGUUUUCAAACCUAGUCAUAGAAUAAACCAAACUUUUGAAAAUGAGCUAUUUUUUCUUCAAAAAUGAUUGAUUCAAUCUUAAUAUUUAUUUGUUUUUAAGAUAAUUUUGACUUUUUGGUAAACUGCUUUGCUUUUUGUUAAUAUUUGUGAAAAGAAACUUGAGGAGGUCAUUUUUGUUCACUUUUCAAUUUCUCCUAGCAUUUUAUUUCAAAAGUAUUCUAUUCAUCAAAAAUAUAGUCAGAAACCCUUUUUCUACUCAAUAGUUCGCAGGGAAAAAAUAAUUGUGAUAUUUAACUGUCACUAUAAUUCUGUAGUGCUAUUUAUUUUAGUGAAAAAUUCAGUUCUGUAAGCUAGCUGUGCUGUCACAGUUGUAUCAUAGUUCAUAAUUAUUUCAUGUUAUAUAUAAUCCUGUUAGAGCCCUUUUAGAAUUUUCAUAACAAUCCCAUCCACAUCAGUAAUUCUCUGAUGGCAAGACUGAUGGGAUAUUUCUGAGUUAACAGUGCAGAACUGUAUUGUAUUGAGUUAUCGUAAACUCUUGAACGGUAAUAUUAUGUAAAUUGAAAUCUGGCUCCCAAACUAUAUUGCUGUUUCAGCAGUAUAUUUGAAGGCCUCUUUUGUUAAUAUUUCUGUAAUGUAUAAAUCACAUUCUUAGGUUAUUACAAAAAGAAUAUGAAGGCUUGAAAUUAUUCAUUGGGUGAAGUCAGAAAAUUAUACUAAAAGAACUAAUGGUUUUAUUUUUAAAACAAAGGCAUCUAAGCUACUGCUAAUUGAGUUGUUGCUAGAAUUAGAAAUUAUAGUUUAGAAUACAGUGGUAUUUCUGUGAUUCUUUUUGCUUAAUUUCUGUUUUGUAUUUAUGUGUCUCAUAUUUGAGGCUUUUUCUUUUAUGUGGCUUUAUCCUAUCUUAAAGAGCUGUUUUAAAAUUCCUGAUUAACUGGCUGCUUCAGGAUCAGCUUUUCAGGAUCAACUUGCAGAGUCUUGCUUUUAGGUUAAAUACAAACAAAAUAAAUCAUAGUCAUAAAUACAGCAAAAAAAAAAAAAGAGCUGGCUUUAGAAUGGAGAAUGCUAAAACAA